AUGCAACGCGCCGACGAUUCGCGGCGGAGCGCGUCGUUUUGCCAGAUCAAGCUCUGCAAGUUGAAGGUGAGGAUCGGGAAGAGGCUGAAGAAGCUGAGGAAGGGCGUGGUUUUGAGCAUGUCGGCGGCGAGGUUGAGGAUUUACCGGAUGAUUACGAUUCAGUGGAAGCGGUUGUUCGGCGGGCGCUCAAUCGUCGGCGGCGGCGGUGGUGUUCUUCCUGCUGCUGCGGCGGUAGUUUCCAUCUUCCCAAAACCCUGCUCCCGAGCACCUCCCACACCCAAUCCAAUUAGGCCACUCGAAGUCGUCGAUGGAGAAACUUUGGGUUGGAUUACGUUGCUUGCUAAUUUUAUUUUUUUUAGGAAAACGUUGCUUGCUAAUUGCUAA